AUGGUAUACGGUUGUGCGAAUUCUUGUGUGAAGUUCUUCUUUUUUCUUUUCAACCUUCUGAUCUGUGUAUUCGGUGCCCUAAUUUUCGGCUUCUCAUUGUGGGCAAACCUCGAUAAGAAUUUCGGUUCACAUCUUGCUGACUUUGUUCGUAAAGUCGACGGUGCUGACCAUACACAUAUCGAUGAGAUUGCCAAAGUUGUGCGAAUUCGCUGGGUGAAGUUCUUCUUUUUUCUUGUCAACCUUCUGAUUUGUGUAUUCGGUGCCCUAAUUUUCGGCUUCUCAUUGUGGGCAAACCUCGAUAAGAAUUUCGGUUCACAUCUUGCUGACUUUGUUCGUAAAGUCGACGGUGCUGACCAUACACAUAUCGAUGAGAUUGCCAAACCAGACUGCUUCACCCGUAUUUCUCACAUGGUUGAGUCAUCAGGCGAGGUGAUCAUUGUGAUCGGUUUCAUCCUUCUUGCAGUGGAAGCUCUCUCGCUAAUCUUUUCGUGUAUCUUGUGUCGCGCAUCACAAGAAGUACGCUACGCUGGCUAUUACGCGUAG